AUGCCUCCUAAAAAGGCCGUCAAGGAAGAGAAAGUUCUUUUGGGUCGACCAGGAAACAGCCUGAAGAGUGGUAUCGUUGGUCUAGCUAAUGUUGGAAAGUCAACACUCUUCCAAUCCAUCACCAAAUGUACAUUAGGCAACCCCGCCAACUUCCCAUAUGCCACCAUCGACCCAGAAGAAUCGAGAGUGCUUGUGCCUGACGAGCGAUAUGACUGGCUAUGCCAACACUAUAAGCCAAAGUCAGAAGUGCCUGCUCACUUGACAAUUUACGACAUCGCUGGUUUGACGAGAGGAUCCUCUACUGGUGCUGGUCUUGGCAAUGCCUUCUUGUCACAUAUCCGGGCGGUCGAUGCCAUCUUCGAGGUUGUACGGUGUUUUGACGACGCCGAAAUUACCCAUGUCGAAGGCGACGUCGACCCAGUGCGCGAUCUGGACAUCAUCAAAGGCGAGUUGAUUGCAAAGGAUAUCGAGUUUACCGAGAAGGCGAAAGAGGCCAUCGGCAAACUCACACGACGAGGUGGUCAGAGCUUGGAGAUGAAGAAGCUGAAAGAAGAGGAGGCUACCAUCGAAAAGAUCCUGCAGUGGCUCAAAGAUGGCAAAGAAGUUCGGAAAGGUGACUGGACGCCCAAGGAGGUCGAAGCCAUUAACACUCUCUUCCUUCUCACCGCCAAACCUGUAGUCUAUCUCAUCAAUCUUUCUGAAAAAGAUUUCAUUCGCCAAAAGAACAAGUACCUUCCCAAAGUCAUGGGUUGGCUCAAAGAGCACGCUGAAGGCGAUCCGGUCCUACCGAUCUCGAUCGCAUUUGAAGAGCGUCUUACACUUAUGGCCGAUGACGCGGCUGCUGAGGAGGAGUGCAAGAAGCUCGGCGUCAAGUCUGCCCUUCCCAAGAUUAUCGUCACCAUGAGGCAAGCUCUCAAUCUUGCUUCGUUCUUCACCACAGGCACCGACGAAGUGAGACAAUGGACAAUACGAAAGGGUACCAAAGCGCCUCAAGCAGCCGGUGUCAUCCACACCGACUUUGAGAAGACAUUCAUCCAGGCUAUUGUGUACAACUUUGCCGUUCUGAAAGAAACUGGUGAUGAAGCGGGUGUCAAAGCUGCCGGCAAGAUCCUGACCAAGGGCAAGGAUUAUGUUGUGGAAGACGGCGACAUUCUUCUGAUUAAAGCUGGUGCUGCCAAGGCUUGA